ACCCACAUGUUGUAGGUGUGGCAUAAGUUUUGAAGUUACUGCAGAAUUCUGCUCUCGAACAAAUUUAUGGAAAGUGUCUAACCACUCUCUAGGAAGAAUAUUACGCAAAGCAUUUUAGUCAUAUAGUUCACUAAUUCUGGAACCAUGUUGACAUGCCGCCAUAAGUAAUUGUAUGUGUACUUUAUUUUCAUCGUUUGUGAAGAUUGGAUGCAUGCUUUAUUUUGAUUGUUGUGAAGACUGGAGGAAAAGUUUCAUCAAACUCUCCCACAAUUUACAACUGUUCCUUUCUUUUCUUUGUUGUUUUCUUAGUCUUUAUUAUUAUGUUUCUUGUAAAUCUCUAUGAAAUUGUCGGUAAAGCACCUCAUUCUUUUAUGUAUUCUUACUCAUUCUUGUUCUGUUGUAUCCGUUGUUCUAAUGUAUCUGCUAGGUACCGGUAUGACAUGACAGUUGAAGAAGCGGCAGAGUUGGCUAGACGAGCUAUUUAUCAUGCAACAUUCCGAGAUGGAGCCAGUGGUGGAGUUGCUAGUGUUUAUCAUGUGGGACCUGAUGGAUGGAAGAAGCUAUCAGGCGAUGAUGUUGGAGAGCUUCACUACAUGUAUUAUCCUGUUGAACCAACAGCAGUGGAACAGGAAAUGAUUGAAGUGUCUGGGGCCUGAGAGUGACAAAGAAAUAUCUGUUGUGACGUUCUUUGUAAUUGCUUGUAAUUGUUUUGAUGCUCGGAAAGUACAUAGACCGGGCUGGAUUUAAGUCAUUUAACUUGGUUUUUGCUGGUAUCAUUUUUUAUCCGGUUUUGAGAUUUUUAACGAUCAUGCUUGAUAUGUCAUUUUCCUUAUUUUUAAUGUUUCCCAUCUUUUUUGUUUGGACUUUGGAUGCUCUGUUUCGAGCAAUACUGUUUAAAC